AUGUCGGACUCAGCUGGAUGGUUCGGCCCAGAAAGUACCUCGGAUCUCAGCCCAUCCGCCUGGCGCAACAUCUUCACGACUCUCUUUGUCAUACUCAACUUCCUCGUCGCAUUUAUAGGACAUCGCCUCGUCCGUCGUCAAGGCCAUCGCACCCUCCUAAAGUCCAAGCCCGUACCCGUGUCUCGCUUCACACCAUGGCUGUCCCUCGGCUCGACUUUCUCCUAUAUUUGGACCCUCAAACGGAUUCCAGGCGGCUGGCUUGGUCUCAUUAUGAUUCUUAGUGGCUUGUUUGGGACAGGAAACCGAUACAUCAUUAACAGUUUUAUUGUCCAGGAAAACGUGUCGGUUAGAUGUCCGUUCAAAACGGGCAUGGUCACGAUGAUGAGCAGUGAUAAGCUGAUGCCGGUCUCGACUUGGUCUGCCACAUGGCUUGCUAUCAAUUCUCUGGAUCUUGCGCAUGAAAGGAAGCCAAGGUUGGGAUAUACUCCAAAGUGA